AGUUGCCAGCAUUUGUUUUUCGUGGUCGUCGUAACGUAACAUGUACGACGUACGAAUUAUACUAUGUGUUUUGCUAGUAACAUGUACGUUAAGGGCUUCAACAAAAACAGAUGAAUCGGACAACUUACAACUAUCAAAAAUAUUUUGUACCCCUAAAGAUUUCUCCAGAGUAAACUUCGAUCAUUUCGAAAUUCUAGAGAGAAAUAAUUUUGAUCCUCCAGUGAUUGGUAGUUCUACAGAAGAUGAGUCAACAGGAGGAUCAAAACAGCAUCCGAAAUCCUUCGCUAAUGCUCAAGUUAUGUUAAGGAUCGGAGGAGAUGAUAUCAAAGGGAAAAAUUGUAUAGAUUGCCCCCAGAAAUUGAUGACUAAAGUAGGACAACCUUAUCCUGUUCCACACUCAACUGGAAUACAUCAUCAUGACAAUCAGUUACGGUCAUCCGGAAAUCCUUUCCUUCCAUAUUCUUUUGGACCUCAGAUGAAUCAGUACACUCCAAUCUCACCUUAUAUGACUGUAGCUCCUGUAGCGCCAUCUUUCGUUUUUCCCGGAUAUAUUUAUAAUCCUUCUGAUUUUCCAGGACAUUAUCGUCAUAAUGGUGAGUUAUAGAUACUCUAUUUUUUAUUUUAUUAGCAGAUUGUUCAA